AGCAGCCGUAAAUUCUAUCACACUUUACUCCUUCCCAAAACCCUAACUUCGAAACGUAGGGUUUUUGCAGAGCCUCCAUAACUCGUAGCUUUCUCUUCCUCUUCGGCUAUCCCUCUUUUUCUUUCGUUUCUUCCAUACUCGUAUCCAAUGGGCAAGUCAAGCAAGAAAUCUGCUCCCAAAGUUGACGCUGCUCCAGCUGUUGUUCCGCUAUCAAAGCCUGGGAAAAAAGGCAAGAGGCAGGCUGAUGAUGAACUCGAGAAGAAAGUGAGUGCAAAGAAGCAGAAGAUGGAAGAGGUUGCUGAGAAGCAAAAGAAAGAAGUGAAGGUGCAAAAGAACAAGAAGGAAAGCAGUUCAGAUGAUUCCUCUUCAGAAUCUGAAGACGAGAAACCUGCAGCAAAAGUUGCUGUUCCAUCAAAAAAGCAACCUGCCAAAAACGGCACUCUGAGUACCCCAGCAAAGAAAGGCAAACCAGUUCCCAGUUCCAGUUCUGAUUCCUCGGAUGAUGACUCUGAUGAGGAUGAAGUGAGUGCAAAAGUUACUGAGAACCAAAAGAAGGAAGCGAAGGUGCAAACGAAUAAGAAGGAAAGCAGUUCAGAUGAUUCUUCAGAAUCUGAAGAUGAGAAACCUGUGGCCAAAGUUGCUGCUCCUUCAAAAAGUCAGCCUGCUAAAAAUGGCACUCUAAGUACCCAAGCAAAGGGAGGCAAGCCAGCCCCCAGUUCCAGCUCUCCUGAAUCUUCGGAUGAGGAUGAUGAUGACUCCGAUGAGGAUGAAGCUCCAAAAUCCAAGGUGGCCCCUGCUGCAAUUAAGAAUGGAUCUGCUUCUACAAAUAAGAAAAUCCAGCCAAGUGAAAGCUCUGAGACUGAUUCUGAUGACAGCUCUGAUGAGGACAAAGUUUUGGCUGCUGCUGCUGCUCUUGCUGCUGCUGCUGGUGGUAAGAACGUGUCUGCCAAGAAGGUCGAUUCUGACUCAACCUCAGAUGAAGACUCAGAUGAAGACUCAGAUGAAGACGAUGAUAAGAAAAAACCUGCAACAACAUUGUCCAAAAAGAUGCCUGCCUCUGCAGUUGCUCCAAAUAAGAAAGUUGAGACAAGUGAAGGCUCAGAUGAUGAAUCAAGUGACAGCUCUGAUGAAGAUAAUGAUACAAAGCCUCCUGUAACUGCUGUGUCCAAAGCUUCUGUUGCAACAAAGAAUGUUGACAACUCAGAUUCCGAAGAUAGCAGCUCCGAUGAAGACAAUGGAAAAAUGGAUGUUGAUAAGGAUGAUAGCUCUGAUGAAAGUGAGGAAAAACCACAAAAGAAAAAGCCUGUGAAAGAUUCAAAAGAAAGCUCUGAUAGUUCAGAGGACAGUGAGGAGGAAAAUGAGAAACCUUCCAAAACUCCCCAGAAGAGAGUUAAUGAUGUGGAGAUGGUUGAUGCUGCCUCGACUGGAAAGAGAGCUCCUAAAACCCCAGCAACACCAAAUGACCAAAGUGGCACUUCAAAGACACUAUUUGUUGGAAACUUGUCAUAUAGUGUGCAGCGAGCUGAUGUGGAAAAUUUCUUCCAAGACUGUGGUGAAGUUGUUGAUGUCCGUCUUGCUACUGAUGAUGAAGGGAAUUUUAAAGGCUUUGGACAUGUUGAAUUUGCAACAGCGGAGGCAGCCCAAAAUGCCCUUGAGUUGAAUGGGCAAGAAUUGUUGCAACGUGCUGUCCGGCUUGAUUUAGCUCGGGAAAGGGGUGCAUAUACUCCAAAUAGCGGCGGCAACUGGGAUAACUCAUCCCAGAAGAGUGGACGAGGCCAGUCUCAAACUGUAUUUGUAAAGGGUUUUGAUAAGGAUGCUGAGGAGGAGGAGAUAAAAGCUAGCCUGGGGGAGCAUUUCGGAUCUUGUGGAGAAAUUACAAGGAUAUCAGUUCCGAAAGAUUAUGAUUCUGGUUCUGUUAAGGGGUUUGCGUACUUGGACUUCAGUGAUGUUGAUAGCAUGAAUAAAGCUCUGGAACUCCAUGAAACUGAACUUGGUGGUUAUACCUUGUCAGUGGAUGAAGCCAAACCCAGAGAUAAUCAAGGUUCGGGUGGAAGGAGUGGUGGUGGUCGAUUUGGUGGAAGGGGUGGCAGAGGUCAAUCUGGCGGAAGGGGUGGCAGAGGUCAAUUUGGUGGCCGGGGUGGCAGAGAUUUUGGUGGAAGGGGGGGAAGUGGGGGCAGAGGUGGUCGAGGAAGAGGAGGCGGUGGUAGGGGUCGUGGAGCACCUAAUAGACCUAGCUUUUCUGCACAAGGGAAGAAGACCACUUUCGCUGAUGAGGACUAAGGGUGGCAGUCUUGCAGAUACUGAAAAUUUACUACUUUAUUGCUUUUUCAUUUUCCAGUAGAUUUUUCUCCUCAGUUUUGGUAUUUGUUAUUAUGAAUUCGUAAAAAUCAGGCGUAUUGGUAAAAUUUUGUUAUUGAUAGUAUCUUGUCAUAUGGAUUAUACUAUACUACUACUCAUUUGGCAAAUUUGUGGUUCAUUACUUUGUUAUAUCCCAUAUAAUUAUUAUUUAUA